AUGGGUGCGCUGUUGCUGGCCUUCCUCAGCGUACUCUCCGUGGUCUCCGCCGACGCCUCCAUCUACCCAAUGUCCAAGGUGCCCGACUGGCAGACAAAAUCCGAGAUGCAACUUGCCAUCACCGCACAAGAUGCCAAUCCGGUGGCUCUUACUUACACCACCAUCGUCAUCAGUGGCACCAUGUUCGCUACCGAUGAUACAAGCUAUGUGAACUUGACGGGAGGUGACGACGUGGCAUACCUGUCUUGCGACCAGACAAACAACUCAAACAUCACCCCCAACUAUAUCAUCAACCAACUCGUGAAAAACACACCGCCACCCAAAGCCAUCCUCCUCUACAGCCAGUCAGGAAGUUGCUGCGGUUUUACCGGAGGGGGCAUCGAGUACCAGACCGUUUUCACGAUGGUGAAUCCAAAUGAGGCUUCGGAUGCUUUGAAUAUCACCACGGCAGGUGCGGGGACCGUACUUGCCACCAUCACCGGAAAUGUCACCACAACCGACCAGGACACCCAGAACAACCAGGGCGGGAGCAAUUCAGCUGUUGCUAUGAGCAUCCUGUAUAGUAUCACAGGACUGAUCACCCUCUUGUUUCUCGUUAUCAUCGCAACCGGCGCCAUCCGAGCGCACCGGUAUCCGGAACGAUAUGGUCCUCGAAGUGGGUACGGCGGCCGCCCCCGCCAGAGUCGCGCAAAGGGUAUCGCUCGCGCGGUUCUCGAGACCAUUCCCAUCGUCAAAUUUGGCAAUCCAGAACCCGCAAAGCCUGACCCGAAUAUCGAGCUGGAGAGCUCUUCCUUCGACCGAUCUGAGGAACAACACAACGGUGACGUGCAGAGCCGGCCAGCGCAUCUGUCGACGAUCCCAGAGAGCCCCCUUCCAACACCAAAGGUGGAUAAUCAGAACAAGACUGCUGCUUCAAGCAUAGGCCCUGAUACUGCGUCGACUUCUCUUGCCGGCGGUCAAGCCGCGGAAGCCCAAGGAGAUGAGCAUUUGGGCUGCUCCAUUUGCACCGAAGACUUCCAUGUCGGCGAGGAUGUGCGCGUGCUGCCGUGCAACCACAAAUAUCACCCUCAAUGUAUCGAUCCGUGGCUCAUCAACGUCUCAGGCACCUGCCCUCUUUGGUAA